CCAACGUCACCAAGAGCCAUAUAGCCAUCCAUGUACUCUACUCUAUAUCUCUGCUUUUGUGAGCGUUCGUGAAUGGAUAAUAUGGUGGAGCGUCCUUCUUCACUAGUUUUCUGAUGAAUUUUGGGUUGUCUAAUAAUGAAUGCUACUAUAUAGGAGGAGUAGGGGGUACUGUAAAGAGUCUAAAGGACACAUAAGACGCCUGUGCCAAAUUUUGUUGGGAUUACCAUCAUCAUACUAAAAAGCCUUAAAUGUUGUUGCCGACAAUUUACAGUGAGUGACGAGGAAGAGAAAUGGACGUGUUUGCAUUAAUGGGCAGAUGGGAAAUCUUGAAUCAGGCUCAGAAAUAAAUUGGAGGCUUUUAUGGAAGGAAUUAACGUCAUAACUGGUACUCUAUAGAGCAGAAUCAGAAUGCCGUUGGAGGCCUUAUUUCAAAUGUUCCCACAGCGCCCCGAGUCUGUUUUGAGUACAGCAGGCUUCGCAUAAAGAGUAGAAACACACACCCUUUCUGCUGUUUAGAUGUAUCUACUCGGGAGUGGAUACAGAGGAGCAGCAGCAAGAACUAAAUAGAAGCUGGAAUCAGUCUGAAAGGCUCACGUCCUGAAGUGUGGAUGGUCAAAUGAAACUCCACUCCACAUUUGCAGUUCUUCUUUUCCUUUUUCUUCAACUUUCAUCUCUUCACCAAAUUAUUGCGGAUCUGAACUCUGACAGACAGGCCCUACUGGACUUUGCCAAAUCUGUUCCUCAUCUUCGAAAGCUGAACUGGAGUUCUGGUGCUCAAAUUUGCCGUUCCUGGAAUGGCAUCACUUGCAAUAAGGAUCGAACCAGAGUGACUGCCAUUCAUCUCCCAGGUGUUGGGCUCCGUGGUUCCAUCCCAGAAAAUACUAUUGGAAAGUUAGACGCUCUUAGAAUCCUUAGCUUGCGAUCCAAUUAUCUAAAUGGAAGUCUUCCUUCUGAUAUUCUUUCAAUCCCUUCCCUCAAAUCCCUUUAUCUUCAUCACAACAACUUUUCUGGUGAACUUCCUCUCUCUUUCUCUCCUCGACUUGGGGUGAUGGAUCUUUCUUUUAAUUCUUUUACUGGAGAAAUUCCAUCAACAAUAAUGAACUUGACGCGGUUGUCCGUGUUGAACCUCCAGUUUAACUCAUUUUCUGGAGCUAUUCCAAAUUUGAAUCUCCCAAGGCUCAAGGUGUUGAACGUGAGUCACAACUUGCUGUAUGGUCCAAUCCCGGGCUCCCUUCAGAAUUUUUCAAUGUCUUCAUUUGUUGGAAAUCCUCAUUUAUGUGGGCCACCUCUGACUUAUUGCUCUGCAGUAUCCCCAUCACCUUCUCCUUUACCUGACACUUUGCCAUCUCCUCCUAUCAUUCCCGAAAAACAGCAUGUGGCUAACUCCAAGAAACUCAGCACCGGAGCUAUUGUUGCCAUUAUAAUUGGGGGAUCUUCUAUACUACUACUUAUUGGGGUAAUGUUCUUGUUCUUCUGUUUGAAAAAGAAAGACAGUGGCGACAGUGUUGUGAUGAAAGGAAAGGUGUCAAAUGGUGGAAAAAGUGCGAAGCCGGAAGAUUUUGGAAGCGGAGUACAAGAAGCUGAGAAGAACAAAUUGGUGUUCUUUGAUGGAUGCUCUUAUAACUUUGAUCUUGAAGAUUUACUAAGGGCUUCUGCUGAAGUUCUUGGAAAAGGGACCUAUGGCACAACGUACAAAGCUGUUCUGGACGAGGGAACAAGUGUUGUGGUGAAAAGGCUGAGGGAAGUAGGGAUUGGAAAGAAGGAAUUUGAACAGCACAUGGAAGCUCUUCGGAGUGUAGGGCACCAUACUAACAUCGUACCCCUGCGGGCUUACUACUAUUCCAAGGACGAGAAGCUGCUAGUUCACGAAUACAUGCCUGCCGGCAGCUUGUCAGCAUCAUUACAUGGUAAUAGAGGUGCAGGAAUAACUCCACUAGACUGGGACUCAAGAAUGAAGAUAUCGCUUGGAGCGGCGAGAGGCAUUGCACACAUUCAUUCUGAAGGUGGUGCUAGAUUUUCACAUGGCAACAUUAAGUCCUCCAACGUACUCCUCAACAAAGAACAGGAUGGUUGCAUAACAGACAUUGGCUUAAAUCCAGUCAUGAAUUUUCUGGGCGUGAAAACUCGAGGAAUUGGUUACCAUGCUCCUGAAAUGAUUGAGACACGAAAAGCCACCCAAAAAUCUGAUGUCUAUAGCUUUGGUGUGCUUCUACUCGAGAUGCUUACAGGCAAAUCCCCAAUCCAUUCUUCAGGGCAUGAUGAUGUGAUUGAUCUACCCAGAUGGGUGCGGUCUGUUGUUCGAGAGGAAUGGACUGCUGAGGUUUUUGAUGUGGAACUGAUGAAGUACCAAAAUGUUGAAGAAGAGAUGGUGCAGAUGCUUCAGAUUGCACUUUCUUGUGUAGCGAAGGCACCGGACAUGCGCCCUUCGAUGGAUGAAGUUGUUCGGCUGAUGGAGGAUAUCAGGCAAUCAGAGCUGGAGAACAGACCCUCCUCUGAGGACAAUAGGUCCAAGGGCUCUAAUAUGCAUACACCUUAAAAUGAGUUCAGGUUCUUCCCCAUCUGUAAAGCCUAGAGCUACCUAGGACUCGUACUAUUAUUACUGCUUAGUUUGAUUCUAGGUAAUGCAACCAUGCUCCAACAGUGCAUUUGCUGCACCAUCAUGUGAGGAUUUUCCUUUUUAUUGGUUUUGCUGGACACACCAUUUUAGGUCUUUCUAAAAUCAGGGGCUGGCAAUGUAUGGUUUCGCAAUAUAUUCAAAUUGUUGAUUGAAAGAA